GAUUUUCUUUUUCCUGUGCAGCCUCUUCAGUUGUAGUUUUUUUGGUUAAACAGAAAAAGUGACUCAGGAUAUCAGACGGACAAUAAAACUAAAGGAUCCUUCAUUCAUAUUCAUCUGCUCUCUCUCUCUCUCUCUCCCUGUUUUUAUCUCCCUCACCCUCUUUCUCUCUCUCAGAUUAUCUCCAUCAUCCUGCCUGGGCUGAGAUGUCGACUCCAGAAGGAGGAGCUGCUUCAGGGGCCCCAGAGGGCGAAGGAGGCCCUCCGGCUCCGGCCCCAAACCUGACCAGCAACAGACGCCUGCAGCAGACUCAGGCUCAGGUGGACGAGGUGGUGGACAUCAUGCGUGUGAACGUGGACAAAGUCCUGGAAAGAGAUCAGAAACUGUCAGAGCUGGACGACCGGGCCGACGCCCUGCAGGCCGGAGCCUCGCAGUUCGAGAGCAGCGCUGCAAAACUCAAGAACAAGUACUGGUGGAAGAACUGCAAGAUGAUGAUCAUCAUGGCGAUCGUAGGAGUUAUAUUCAUGGGCGUCAUUUUCUUGUAUUUCUUCCACUGAGCUGCUCUUCAGGGACGAACGCACAACUCACAGGACGAGUCUGAACCGAGAACCCGCCGAGACAAAUCCAGCCUCUCCUCAGCUGCUCUUCGUCCUCCUUCCUCUUCCUUCCUCCCUAACCUCCGUGCAUGAAUCUGUGUUGUUCUCCAAAAACGCCUCCUUCUGCUGCUCCAGGCAGGUUUCCUGACUUUCAGUAGCAGCUGAGAUCAUUUUCCUGUUCACUGACAGUCUGAGGGGUUUCAUUACGUCGGGACAGUUUGCAGAAAAGUGGACCAAAGACACCUUUUCUUUCGUGUGUAAAAAUCUUUAACCCACAUUUGUUCAAUUGUCCAACAUGAAUAAAACCUCCUGAUGCUGUUAGUUUAUCAGUAGUUCUUAAAAGAGAAACUAAAACCAAAUAGUCACUUAUCUUCACUUCUUUACUUUCUUGCUAUCUGGGGUUAAAAACGAGGCUUUGACUGUUUGGGUCAGCAUAUAAUUGCAGGACUUUUGCUAUCUUAGUUCACAUUUUUGCUGUUUUUAGGUCCAAAACCAAUAUGGCCGCCUAUAACCAAACAUCAUGUCGUUUUUACACAAAGAUUCUUCUAAAUAUUAUUUAUACAGUUGAGUAAAAUUGAAAUUAAAAGGUAUUUCUAAAGAUAUUGCAGUAAACCUGUUGACUACUUUAUAUUAAAUAAGUCAGAAAGUCUUGGAGUCUUCCAGUCUUUUCUUCAGGAGGAAAUGACAUCAUGUGGAGCAGGUCAUGUGAUCUGGAAUUAACACACUUCCUGGAGAGGAGUUUUUGGAACGGGGAGCUUAGUGGAAAGGGAUUUCUAUAGAAAAUUUGAUAUAUUUCCAAAAAAACAUCUGUCAUGAUUACCUCAACUUAAUCCAAACUAUUUCUGAAUCAGCUCAUUUUAUUAUUGUUUAGCUCAUUAGAAGGUGGUUGCUAUUAAAUUCAGACGUUAUUUAGUUAAAAAGCAUUAGUUUUUUUUUUUAAUAAAAAUAUAUAUAAGAUAAAUCCCAUGGACUUCAAAAGUCCCUCAGUUAUAUAUUGACCCAUUUGCUGUGGAGUGUUUCUAAACAGAUUACAGGCUAAAUGUCAGGAAAAAACAUCUAGUAAAUCUGCUAAAUGUUCAUAAAAAACUGCACUUUCGCAUAAGAAUACCUGAAAAUUCUACGUAGAAAAUGUAUCUGAAACGGAUGACGGGUAAAACUAACCAAAAUUAAACUAUCUGUUUAUUUGUUCAUGAAACUUUAGAGUUGGUCGGUCAAAAAGCUGUUGACUUUACAGCAGACAGGUGGUUUGAACUGAACAUAAAGUUUAUUUUUCUUACAACAUUUAUAGAGAGCUCGUCACAGUAAAACCUGCAAUUAGUGAUUUUGGUCUCAGUUAAUUCCUAAUGAGAAGAACAAGAUAUUUGUAUGAGAUUGGAGAAAAGUUGUGUUUUUGGCGAGGUUUGUAGAAAAUUUAAUUGAGUAAACAUUUUAGAAAGUGUGUUUUAGUGUGUGCACAUGAUAGAUGAAGAGUUGAAGAUCAUCUGCAUACAUGGAUAACUACGGUCUGUCAGAACGGAUUCCUGCUAAUUAUCCCAAAGCUACAGACGGAUAACAGGUCAGGAUGAGCUCACAGUGUCAGAUAGUUAUAAUACGUGGCCGAAUAGAACAAGAAAAAUGUUUUGUUUUCUUUAUUAUUCAGAUUCUAAUCUGCCUGUAAAAGGACCGAAACAGUGAACAUGUUUUCUCUCUCCUGCUUUGUUUAUUUCUGUCCUCCCUUCAUCCUUUUCCUUUCUCAUGUUUUUCUGUCAGUGUUGCUGCUGCUGCUGCUAAAUUAAUUCCACUUUGAGCAGAAAGUUCACCUCCUGGAUAAACACGACUGGAAUAAUUUAGAUAUUUCUUUGCCGUUCGUCUGCCCAGCUUCAGUUAAGAUGCAGUGUUUCUUUUUGUCGUGUUGUGAACCGACCCGACCCGUGUUCUGUGGUUUGAAUGUGCGUCACGUGUCUUUGUUCUUUCUGGUUCCUCCGUACACGAAUGAAAACGCAGAAUGUGAAUUAACUGUAGAUAUUAAAGCGCUCAUUGUUCAACGUGGAGGGAUAGUUUAUCGCAUUUCAGACUGAACGGUUAAAGUUGGACGUGGAAUUCAGGAUCAGAGCUGCUUCUUGUCCUGCUGGAUGUUCUUAAGAUGUUUAGAAUGUUCUUGGAAUUCAAAUAAAUUCACGUUUGCAACAGA